CGCUCAACACGCAUCCGCAGUCCCCAAAAUGCAUGGAUAGAUGACUCCAGUUAGUCAAUGACUUUCUCAAUUGUGUAUCCUUGUCAAGGGCAUGCGCCCGUAUCCUUGUAACGAUUGCGAAUACCCAAGAGGCCAAGUGUCUCAACUCGACCCAUAACAACGGGCUUGUAUCCCCAAACUUUCAACACCACCUCCCGUCCUCACGCCCUCGCCCUCACACCCUCCCGAAAAGCAAUCCUGCUGCAAAUAGAAUCUCCCAUAAGCAAAUUUCCUCAUUCUCACCUCAUGUCCCCUCACCUCAACCCUCUGCUAACCCGUAACAAUAACCCCUCCCCACCAACCUACCCAACAAGGAAAAGCCGUCCCUCUAUCCGCAUUCAGCCCAAAAAACCACACAUCGCUCCAAACCAAACCCCUUCCGUCAACGAACCCAUCCACGUCAUCUCAAAACCCAUAAAAACAAAAAUAAACAAGAAUGCCAAUCCCUCACCCCCGUUAAUAUCAAAAAAAGGAAAGCUCUUAAUCAUCUCUUCCAAUCACGCCCGCCCUGCCUCCCGAAAACGGCAAAUCGACUUUGAAGUCCGCCACCCACGCGAUCCCCUCCCUAAAUCGCAAAGCCCCCCUAGACUUUUCCUUUUUCUGCACUGAACUGACACCCCAAGACCAGGAUCCCGAUGCAUUGACAAUCCAAGCUCAUUGCCUCAUUAGGAAGUCUUUAAACUUAC